AUGAAACGCAGCGUGAGGCUGAGUGUGCGGGGCUGCCGAGGGGUCACCUGUUGCGGGGCUGCUCGAGGGCGAGUCAGGGUUCAGAAGAAAAGAGUUCAAGCUGUGUUAAGACUUGUCAAGGACAAAUUUGCCACAAAAACAGCAUCAGAACCAAUUUUGCAUACUUGUCUUUUGUUUUCCCAGGUUCCUGUUGCAUGUAAAUCAUGUCCCUGCGGCUACAUAUUUAUUAGUAGAAAACUCUUGCAUGCUAAACGUGCUGAGAGAUCACCACCCAUCACAGAAAACAAGAGUGAGGCCAAAAGGAGACGGACAGAAAGAGUUAAGCGAGAGAAGAUAAAUUCUGCAGUAAAUAAAGACUUAGAAAACCGGAAAAGGUCCAGGUCUAACAGCCAUUCAGAUCACAGCAGACGAGGAAGAGGAAGACCUAAGAGUGCCUCAGCCAAAAAGCACGAGGAAGAAAGAGAGAAACAAGAAAAAGAAGUUGACAUGUAUGCAAACCUUUCAGAUGAAAAGGCCUUCGUGUUUUCAGUGGCCUUGGCGGAAAUAAACAGAAAAAUUAUCAAUCAAAGACUUAUUCUGUAACUUGUAAGCACAAUCUGAUGCAUUUAUAUGCAGAAUGGCUAGCAUAUUUCCAAGGUGUCGUGGACUCUCAAAGUGUGUUGUCUGCACCAACAAGGACCAUAGUAUUUCCUGUUAAAAUUCUGCUGCUGUUCUUGGGAAUCGAAUUCUGUCUCUGCAAGUCAGAAAGGAAGUGUUCACAAGAUUGAGCUAUGAAAAAUGAGAAAGCAGAUAUGUUUUACACCUUGAAGACACAUGCUAGACAAGUGCACAGAGAGACUGCACCCAUUCCAGAGCACUUCUUUUAAAUUUGCUGCCAGAAAUGCAAUAUUUUAAGUAUUUUCAGAAAUAAAUGAUUUUCCUUUAAAAUUAUAUAUUGCAGAUUUUUCAGCUAUAUUGCAGUUUACGUAUGUACAGUUCACAUAACUUUUUAAUAAAUUGAUAUUCCAAUA